AUGAGAAGACUGACUAUUGAUUUUUUGAUAACAGUUUUUUUCAAUGUGCAUUUCUUGUUCAAUAUUCAAUGCGCUACCAAAAAUUCUAAUCAUUCUCAUUUAUUAAGAAGAAUACGGACUAGUAAUAUACAAAAUGACAAAUCAAUUAAUAAUAGUAAUCAUAAUGAGACGAAAACUAAACUAAACAAUAAUGAUUGUUUCAAAUAUAGAUUCCCGCCAAAUAUACCGAAUCCAUGUUUAAAUUAUACAUGUGCAUUUCAAGCAUGGUGUGUACCAUCCGCUGAUUUUAAACGACCAACAUGUAUAUGUUAUAAUACAUGUUAUGAUGUAGGUGAUUCCACUGAUAAAGGACCUAUAUGUGGUUCAGAUAAUCGUGAUUAUGAAUCAAUUUGUCAUUUACGUCGUGAAGCAUGUACUAUGAUGAUUGAUUUAAGCAUGAAAUAUAGAGGAAGGUGUGCAUCUAAUCCAUGCUUACAUCAUAAAUGUCGAUGGCAAGGUGAAAAAUGUCAAGUUGAUAUUUAUGGUCAAGCAAAAUGUACAUGUCCGGAACCAUGUCCACCGAUAGUAUCACCAGUAUGUGGUAGUGAUGGAGUAACUUAUGAUAGUACAUGUCAUUUAGAAAGAACAGCAUGUCAAAAAAUGAGAGAAAUACGUGUUAUUUAUUCAGGAGAAUGUAGUGAACCAAAUGAUUGUAUCUUGUUGAAUCAACCAUGUCAAGGUUAUGAAAUUUGUUCUCGUAUUAAAAAUCCCAUGGUAUACACUUCACACAAUCGUAAAUUAGAUGCAUCCGUUUAUGAUCUGACUAAUUCAUUUGAAGAUACCAUACCACAGUGUAUAUGUCCAACAUGCCCAGAACAUGGUUUGGGAGGGCAAGUAUGUGGAUCAGAUGGACAAACAUAUCGUAGUGAAUGUCAUUUACGAUCAAGUGCUUGUCAACGACAUUCUACAGAUUUAAUGGUGAAAUCAAGAGGGAAAUGUGAUGCAUGUCAAACAAAACAAUGCAAAUAUUAUGCAAUAUGUCAAUUGAGUGCAUUCGGUGAACCCCAAUGUAUUUGUCCAACAGAUUGUCUUUAUGUCAGGAAACCAGUUUGUGGAACUGAUGGCAAAACAUAUGAAAACGAGUGUUUCCUGAAAGUGAAAUCAUGCGCUGAUCAACGUGAAGUACAUGUUGCUCAAGAAGGAUAUUGUCGUCCAUGCACAGCAGGUUGUCCACUAGGUUUUCAAUGUCGUAAUGGUCAAUGUGUCUGUCGAGAUACAUGUCCACCGAAACAUUCAAGUGAACCUGAUGUUUGUGGUACAGAUGGGAAACUGUAUUCCAGUGAAUGUGAACUCAAACGUCAAGCUUGUAUUCAACAAACCAAUAUAGAUGUAGAUUUGACUGGUGUUAGAUGUCGAAGUAAACAUUCAAAUGUUAUACAAGAUGCAAAUAUGAAAAUGUCAGGUAGCAUACAAGCAGAUGGUGUAAGAGUACCUAGUUGUACAUGUAACAAACUUGGUGCACUUUCGGAAGAAUGUGAUUAUUUAGGUAAUUGUCGAUGUAAAUGGCUUGUUGGUGGUUUAAAAUGUGAUCAAUGUCUUGCAAAUUAUUGGGGUAUACAAAACAAUCACGAAUGUAUUCCAUGUUCAUGUCAUCCACUCGGUUCAAUCGGUACAUCAUGUGAUCAAGCAACUGGCCAGUGUACUUGUCGUCCUGGUGUUGUUGGACGACAAUGUUCCAUGUGUCCAGAUGGUAGUCAAGUAACAGAAAAUGGUUGUAAUGUCAAAGGACAAAAUGAAGAUAAUAUAAAACAUGAAAGUGAUAUGCCAAAAUUGAUACCAAAAACAACUGAAUCAAAUCAAACCAAUACAUUGAAUUCUCAAUUAUCUGACAAGAAAAUAACAACCGAAGAUAACAAUGAAGAGAAUGGACGUUUAUUCACUGAUACAACUACACUAACUGUUCGUAUACCAUUUCAUAUGGAUCAACCAAGUGAAAUACAAAUGACCUUGAGUUUAAAUAAAGGCAAUGGAAUGUUAUUACAUUAUCGUACACCUUCAAGUGAACAAGACAGAAUGAUUUUACCUAAUGUACAAGAUCAUCAAUUCAGUAUGGCUAUUUCCAAUUGGAAAGUUGUGGUAAAAUAUAUUGAUGGUCGUGUUCCAAAUCGUAUUCUACUUGUUUAUAGCAAACAAAAUCUUACACAACAUUAUAAACAUCAUAUUCAAGCAGGUAUUAUGUUAAGUAGACCAUGGAUAAAAAUUGAUCAAUUCAGUAGAACAACUAAAGAAGAUGUGAUUGAAAAAUGGGCUGAUAAUCAUUAUACAAAUAAUCAACUGACAGCCGGUGAUUUUAAGACUAUUAUCAUUGGGCGACAAAUCAAAAUAGAUAAUAGUCAAAGUAUUUCAGAUGUGAAAGAACAUACUGAUACACAUGAAGAUUAUGGAUUUUCUGGAUGCUUAAAUAAAUUUCUGAUUAAUGCUGAUUCACCAGUGAAACAUUUUAGCUUAGAUCUUUCUCAAGCUGACAAUACAAAAUUAACUUGGUUAGGAAUUGAACCUACUAAUCAUCUGUCAACAGAUCAUAUUGAAGCACCAUUCUGUUCAUCAUCGUCAUCAUCAGUAUCAUCAACAAAUGACCAACCCAAUAGUAAUCCAAUUGAAACUAUUCCACCUUCUAUACAAUCAGAUCAAGUUCAAAGGCAAGAGAAUUCAAUUCAUCCAAAUAUUCCAAUCUUAUCGAAUGAGAUUCAAUCGAAAAAAUGUGAAAAUUAUGGAAUUCUCUCUGUGACAUCUAAUGAAAAAUCUAGGUGUAUUUGUCAACCUGGCUGGCAAGGUGAUUUAUGUGAACAAGCGGUAACCAUUAUACCACAAUUUUCUGGCAAUGGAUUUAUACGAUUAGCUGGUCCAACUGGAAAACAUGCAAUAAAACGUAAAAAAUUACACAUUGAAUUAAUUUUCUUAAUUACACAACCAUCAGGUCUACUAUUUUUCAUUCCACCUAAAUCAUCACAACAACAUGGCAGUCCAUUUAUAGCAGUUUAUGUGGAUGAACAAAAUUAUGUAAAUGUGAUCUGUCGAACUGGUACCGGUAAAUUAGUCAAUGAAAAUCUUAUUCAAUUAAAAUAUAAUGAACCAGUACAAUUAAAUCAAUGGAAUACGUUGAUUAUUGAUAAAUUGCCAAAAAUUCUACGUGUUAAAAUGAAUGGGAAUAAAAAACAACGAGUAUCGCUGAUCCCAUCACAAUAUAAUCGUAUGCAAAAUCGUCUUCCAAAAGAGUUAACUCAUUUCGAUUUAUCUUCAAGUCCAAUCUAUCUUGGUGGUUAUAGCUUUGAUGAUCAAUCAAUAUCCAAUUAUAUACCGAUUCGACAUGGUUUAUAUGGGACAAUUCAAAGAAUUAAUAUAAACGAGGCAGAAGUUGUCUUAGCUGGUCCAUCUCAUGCAGAUCUAAUGAAUAUCCCCGAGGAACAUGGUAAAUUACCACAUUUAUUUGAAAAAUGGUCAAAUGUAACACAAUGGCAAGGAUUACCAUGUGGUCCGCAAUAUUCACCAUGUCAAUUGGAUCAACCUGAUUAUAUAUGUCGUCCAAAUAUUCAACGUGCCACUUGCGCUUGUACAACACCAUUACAAUUAAUGCAUCUAAUGAAAGGACGUUUAGAUGAAGAAACUGAUGAAAUUGAACAACAAGCUUGUUUACAACGUAAAAUGGAAUUAUCUCGGUUAAAUUCAGCAUUAACAUCUAGAAAUGAUGGUCAGUUACAAUAUGAUGGUCCAAAUCGUGUACCACCUUCCAAAGAAGAAGUAUAUAAUGAACCAGAAGAAGAUCUACCAGCAGCUGAUUUAACAAAACAAAUUUUAAUCAACUUUGGUGGUUUAACAGUUUAUGCAUAUCGUGGAUUGAUGAGAUUCACGUCCGAUUUCAAUAUUCGUCUUCGUUUACGUACAAACAAGCUGAAUGGAUUAAUUUUAUUGAUGGUUGAACAACCUUCAUCAGAUCAUCACCACGAUAUCUCAUCAUCAUCGUCAUCAUCCAUUUUAAAUCAACCAGUAACACAGAUUACAACAAAUUCAGAAUUUGUAUCGAUUGUAUUACGUAAUGGUCGUAUUGAAUUGCUACUGAAUUUGGUUACAUCAAAAAAGAAACUAGAAAAAUCAUGGGAUAUCAAUACUAAUGACAACAACAACAUCAACAAUGGAAAUGAUAAUCCAGAAUUUAAUCGUCUUAUGCCAAUUCAAGCAAGACAUAAAAUAAACGAUGGUGAAUGGCAUAUGAUACAAGCUAUGGGGAAUAAACAACGUGCAACAUUGUUUGUUGAUAAUCAUAUGGUCUCUGGUGAAUUUGCAGGUAUUGCAGAUUAUGAUACUACACCGGUGAGAGAUGUUUAUCUCGGUGGAACAUUAUUUAACAUAAUUGGAUUAUCAACUGAUUAUCAACAGAAUUUCACUGGUUGUAUUGCUGAUAUGCUUAUACAAGAGAAAAUUAUUCCAAUCUUAUCAGAAGCAACAGAAAUAUACGGUCCUAUUGAAAAAUGUCCAACUCCUUGAUAGAAAAAUUCCUCUUCUUCUACUACGCUUUUCAAAAUUGAUUUAGGUUGAAAUUUUAUUUUGUAAACAGAGAUAAACUGAUUACAUUGUAUAAAAAAAAAAAACUAACAGACAUUAUAUUUAUUCCGUUUUCUUUUUUUCUUUCCAUUCAAUGAAUGAUGACACCUUAGGUUGUUGAAUGAACAAUUAAAAAAUCCAUAUUUUUACUCAAUAAAAUUAAUAUUUUAUUUUAAUUCUCAAGA